AUGUGGCAGAAGCCUAGAAAGAGGAAGCGCCCUGUGUUGUGUCUCCUCGCGGCUGCUGACAUGAAGUGCUUUUUCCCAGUGCUGAGCUGUCUGGCGGUGCUGGGUGUGGUGUCAGCACAACGGCAGGUCAUGGUCCAAGAAGGACCCUUGUAUCGCACGGAGGGCUCCCACAUCACCAUCUGGUGCAACGUGAGUGGCUACCAGGGAUCUUCCGAGCAGAAUUUCCAGUGGUCCAUUUACCUGCCCUCUGCCCCAGAGCGGGAGGUGCAGAUCGUCAGCACCAUCGACUCUUCCUUCCCUUACGCCAUCUACACCCAGCGCGUCCGCAGUGGAAAGAUCUAUGUGGAGAGAGUCCAGGGAAACUCGACCUUACUGCACAUCACGGAUCUCCAGGCCCGGGACGUGGGGGAGUACGAAUGCCACACGCCCAACACAGAUGACCGAUACUUUGGGAGUUACAGUGCCAAGAUGAACCUAGUGGUGAUCCCCGACACCCUGCAGACCACUGCCAUUCCCCAGACUUUGCACAAAGUGGAGCAGGACCCUCUGGAGCUGAGUUGUGAGGUGUCCACCGAGACGUUCCAGCACAGCCACCUGUCUGUGGCCUGGCUCCGGCAGAGGGGCAGCGAGAAGCCCGUGGAGGUCAUUUCCCUGAGCCGAGACUUUGUGCUGCACUCCAGCAUUGAAUAUGCCCAGAGACAGAGCCUGGGGGAGGUGCGGCUGGACAAGCUGGGGAGGACCACGUUCCGCCUCACCGUCUUCCACCUGCAGCCCUCUGACCAGGGAGAGUUCUACUGUGAGGCUGCUGAGUGGAUCCAGGAUCCGGACGGGUCGUGGUAUGCCAUGACCCGAAAGCGUUCUGAGGGAACCAUUGUCAACGUCCAGCCCACUGACAAAGAGUUCACUGUUCGGCUGGAAACGGAGAAGCGCCUGUACACAGUGGGGGAGCCAGUGGAGUUCAGGUGCAUCCUGGAGGCUCAGAGCAUUCCUGACCGUUACUUUGCCGUCUCCUGGGCUUUCAACAGCUCACUCAUUGCCAGUGUGGGACCUAAUGCCGUGCCAGUCCUCAACAGUGAAUUUGCCCAUCGAGAAGCCAGGGGACAGCUUAAAGUGGCCAAAGAGAGUGACAGUGUCUUUGUGCUGAAGAUCUACCACCUCCGCCAGGAAGACACUGGGAAAUACAACUGCCGCGUGACAGAGCGGGAGAAAACAAUCACCGGGGAGUUCAUCGACAAGGAGAGCAAGCGUCCCAAGAACAUUCCUAUCAUAGUCCUUCCUCUCAAGAGCAGCAUCUCCGUGGAGGUGGCCAGCAACUCCAGUGUCAUCCUGGAGGGUGAGAACCUACACUUCUCCUGCAGCAUCCGCACAGCAGGCAGGCAGCAAGGCCGCUUCUCAGUCAUCUGGCAGCUGGUGGACAGGCAGAACCGCCGCAGCAAUAUCAUGUGGCUAGACCGGGAUGGCACGGUGCAGCCAGGAGCAUCCUACUGGGAGCGCAGCAGUUUUGGGGGCGUCCAGAUGGAGCAGGUGCAACCCAACUCAUUCAGCCUGGGUAUCUUCAACAGCAGGAAGGAGGAUGAGGGCCAGUACGAGUGCCACGUGACUGAAUGGGUACGGGCAGUGGAUGGCGAGUGGCAGAUUGUCGGGGAGCGCCGAGCUAGCACACCCAUCUCUAUCACAGCUCUGGAAACAGGCUUUGCGGUCACAGCCAUCUCACGUACGCCAGGAGUGACCUACAGUGACUCCUUUGACUUGCAGUGCAUCAUCAAACCUCAUUACCCGGCCCGGGUCCCUGUGUCGGUGACAUGGCGGUUCCAGCCAGUGGGUACCUUUGAGUUCCAUGACCUGGUGACCUUCACCCGGGAUGGAGGGGUCCAGUGGGGGGACAGGUCCUCCAGCUUCCGAACCCGAACUGCCAUUGAGAAGGCUGAAUCCAGCAACAACGUGCGCCUGAGCAUCAGCCGAGCCAGUGACACAGAGGCGGGCAAGUACCAGUGUGUGGCGGAACUGUGGCGGAAGAACUACAACAACACCUGGACGCGGCUGGCAGAAAGAACCUCCAAUCUGCUGGAGAUCAGGGUGCUACAGCCAGUGACUAAGCUGCAGGUGAGCAAAUCUAAGCGGACCCUCACCCUGGUGGAGAACAGGCCCAUUCAGCUGAACUGCUCAGUUAAGUCCCAGACCAGCCAGAACUCUCACUUCGCAGUGCUUUGGUAUGUGCACAAGCCUUCGGACGCCGACGGCAAGCUCAUCCUCAAAACCACCCACAACUCUGCCUUUGAGUAUGGCACCUAUGCCGAGGAGGAGGGGCUGCGCGGUCGCCUCCAGUUUGAGAGGCACAUGUCUGGGGGCCUGUUCAGCCUCACUGUCCAGAGAGCUGAGGUCAGCGACAGUGGCAGCUACUACUGCCAUGUGGAGGAAUGGCUGUUGAGCCCCAACUAUGCCUGGUACAAGCUAGCAGAGGAGGUGUCGGGGCGCACGGAAGUCACAGUGAAGCAGCCAGAUGCUGCUCUGCAGGUGGACACAGUGGUCCCUAAUGCCACAGUGGCCGAGAAGGCAGCCUUCCAACUGGACUGCAGCAUUGUGUCUCGCUCAAGCCAGGACUCCCGCUUUGCUGUGGUCUGGUAUUCCCUGAGGACUAAAGCUGGAGAGAAAAGAAGCAGCCCUGGCCUGGGAGAAGAGGAGGAAGAGGGAGAAGAGGAAGAAGAGGACCCAACAGAGAGGACAGUGCUACUGAGUGUGGGCCAAGACGCUGUCUUUGGCCCAGAGGGCAGCCCCUGGGAGGGCAGGCUUCGCUUCCAGAGGCUCUCCCCACUGCUCUACCGGCUCACAGUGCUGGAAGCCAACCCCCGUGACACAGGCAACUACUCCUGCCGUGUGGAGGAGUGGCUGCCCAGCCCUCAGAAAGAGUGGUACCGGCUGACGGAGGAGGAGUCAGCCCCCAUCGGCAUUCGUGUCCUUGACACAAGUUCCACCCUCCAGUCCAUCAUCUGCUCCAAUGAUGCGCUCUUCUACUUCAUCUUCUUCUAUCCCUUCCCCAUCUUCGGCAUCCUUAUCAUCACCAUCCUGCUGGUGCGCUUCAAGAGCCGGAACUCCGGCAAGAAUUCAGAUGGGAAGAAUGGGGUGCCCCUGUUGUGGAUCAAAGAACCGCACCUCAACUACUCCCCCACCUGCCUGGAGCCCCCGGUGCUCAGUAUCCACCCAGGAGCCAUAGACUAA